UUAUUGUCAAUGUCACACUGACAUUAAUCCAUUAUCGCAUUCUUGUGCCUCAUACCGCGACCCUAAACCGCUAUUUAAUUACGAUUUUGUGGAAAAUCAAGUUGUUAUUUUGCUAAGCAAACCGAAAUUGAUAUUAAAAAUGGUGGACUACAGCAAAUGGAAGGAUAUCGAGAUCUCCGAUGAUGAGGAUGAGACCCAUCCAAACAUUGAUACUCCUUCAUUGUUCCGAUGGCGGCACCAAGCGCGAGUCGAACGAAUGGAAGAAGGAAAACGUGAAAAAGAGGAACACGAUCAACGCAAAGCUGACAAUAUUAGAAAACUCGCUGAGACUAAGCAGAAAAUAGCAAAAGCCGAACCAAACAGUCCUGACAUGGAAUCAUUAAAAAAAUCACUGGCUGAAUUAGAGAAGGAAGACAAAGAGAUACAAAAGAAAGAAGAAGAAUUACGAAAGAAAGAAAAAAAAACACCCUGGAAUGUUGACACAAUAAGUGAGCCAGGGUUCACAAAGACCAUAAUAAACACAAAUGCAUUCCGCCCAAAAGAAGAAAAUUUAACUGAAGAGGAAAAGGAAGCCAAAAUGAGGAAAUUCAUCAAUGAUAAUGAGAAGUUGCUGAAACAGUUUGGUAUGCUGCGAAAGUAUGAUGACUCAAAGCAAUUCCUACAGCAACACAGUCAGCUGGUUUGUGAAGAGACAGCAAACUACCUUGUCAUUUGGUGUAUUAACUUAGAAAUGGAGGAGAAACAUGAUCUGAUGGAACAUGUAGCUCAUCAAACUAUCUGCAUGCAGUACAUUUUGGAGCUCUCUAAACAGUUAGAUGUGGAUCCCAGAGCCUGUAUAGGAUCCUUUUUCUCCAGAAUCCAAAUUGCAGAAAAAACAUACAAAGACUCAUUUGAUGAUGAAUUGGAGCAGUUCAAAGCCAGAAUCAAGAAGAGAGCAGCUGAGAAGAUUCAAGAAGCCAUCCGUGAACAGGAAGAAGAGGAAAGGAAGGCCAGACUUGGGCCAGGUGGACUCGACCCUGUUGAAGUAUAUGAUGAAUUACCAGAUGAACUGAAAAAAUGUUUUGACUCCCAAGAUGUUCCAAUGCUACAAGCAACCAUUGCUAAAAUGCCUGAACAAGAAGCUAUAUACUACAUGAAGAGAUGUGUAGACUCUGGCCUAUGGGUUCCCGGGAAAAACGAUGAGGAAGCAACCAUGAAGGAAAACGCUUCACCAGAGCAGAAGAUUGAAAAACCUUCGGUGAGCACUGAUGAUUUAGACUGAUAAAUUUAUUUUUUACUAUAUUGUAUAAGAAUCUUUUUGCCUUUGGAAUGACACGAGCGAUUUUCAAACUAUUAUUGCUUUAAAAUUUUUAAUAAAAAUGCACUUGAUAGUUUAGAUACAUCUAUUCACAUACUUAUCAAGUAAGUUAUUAGCAAAAAUUAUUAGCUAGUAGGCAUCAAUAUGAGAUGAAAGCUAAGUAGAUAGGUAAAAAUUAGGCAAGUAGAUAAUAAAAAAAAAUAUAAUUAGGUUCUUUCUUUUCUAGUUUACACUUGUAACAGUGAAUACAAUAAAAAUUUUGACUUGGUCAUAUACGGAUAUGUAUAAGCAGAUUAUGUUGUCACAACUGUUAAAAGUAAGUUGACAGCUCUCAAAAAAGAUUUUUGUUCUUUAAUUGCAAUCACCUGGUGUUAAGAAAUUAUGCAGUCUAAGAUGGUAGGAUGGCUAACCUGUUAGAUGCUGUUAAUUAGGGUUUCUACGCAGCAUCGUUCUGGAACGCUAAAUAGCUUGGCGGCACUUCUAUAUCGACUCACACACUCACACUCACACUCAACUGCACCAAGGAGGUAUGAGGCUGUGUAUCUAAGAUGUUUAGGGGCAGAGAACAGAAUCAGCACUUUGAGAUUUGUGACAACAGAAUAAUUAACACCAGUAUUCUUAUAUUUUUCUUACUUUUGACAUUUUUGUGUCCUUAUCUUUGUUAUAAAAAAAAUACAUACAAAUUUAAAAAAUAUAUAUAUUUCUUACAAUUUAAGUGUUCAAUUGUAGUAUUGUUCGAGAUUCGCUCGUGAAUUUCUCGUAAUGAUGUUUUAUCACCUGUAUUUUCCCAAUUUUUAAUAAAAUAUACAUUACCGAGUCUUUAACAGAAAGUUUUAUGUUAUAAUUUUAUUACUUUAAAUUAGUCUUUAUAUGCUAGAUAUUAUACUUUCUGUUAAACUUGGAUAUUUUUAAAAUGAGAUCAGCUUUCUCCAAGUCGCAAUAACUAUGUACAUAAGUAAUGAAGCCACAGAAAUGAGCAAUAAUAAACUUGUGCCUAUAUUAAAA